GGAAGUUGCCUAGUUUCCGACGACAUGUGAACGCACCAGCUCAUCCUGAUUCUCCAUCUUCCUCCUCAGACCAACCGGGAAGAGACCAAACUGCUCCUCCUGCUCCUCCUGCUCCUCUACCGGACCUUUAACCCGCCGACAGACACCCAGCCAGACUUAAAGGACCACAAUCAUGACGGACUCCAAAUAUUUCACGACAAACAAAAAAGGGGAGAUCUUUGAACUGAAGGCGGAGCUGAACAAUGAGAAGAAGGAGAAAAGGAAAGAGGCGGUAAAGAAGGUCAUCGCUGCCAUGACUGUUGGGAAGGAUGUCAGUUCUUUGUUCCCAGAUGUGGUGAACUGCAUGCAGACGGACAACCUGGAGCUGAAGAAGUUGGUCUACCUUUACCUAAUGAACUACGCCAAGAGCCAGCCGGACAUGGCCAUCAUGGCCGUCAACAGCUUUGUCAAGGACUGCGAGGACCCCAACCCUCUGAUCCGGGCUCUGGCCGUGCGCACCAUGGGCUGCAUCCGGGUGGACAAGAUCACCGAGUACCUGUGUGAGCCGCUGAGGAAGUGCCUGAAGGACGAGGACCCGUACGUGAGGAAGACGGCGGCCGUCUGCGUGGCUAAACUUCAUGACAUCAACGCCCAGAUGGUGGAGGACCAGGGCUUCCUGGACUCCCUGAGAGACCUCAUCGCUGACUCGAAUCCCAUGGUGGUGGCCAACGCGGUGGCUGCCCUGUCUGAGAUCAGCGAGUCUCACCCCAACAGCAACCUGCUGGACCUGAACCCCCAGAACAUCAACAAGCUGCUGACGGCCCUCAACGAGUGCACGGAGUGGGGACAGAUCUUCAUCCUGGACUGCCUGUCCAACUACAACCCCAAGGACGAGCGCGAGGCCCAAAGUAUCUGCGAGCGCGUCACCCCCCGGCUGUCUCACGCCAACUCAGCCGUGGUGCUGUCGGCCGUCAAAGUGCUGAUGAAGUUCUUGGAGCUGCUGCCCAAGGACUCGGACUACUACAACACCUUGCUGAAGAAGUUAUCCCCGCCACUGGUCACCUUGCUCUCCGGAGAGCCCGAGGUCCAGUACGUGGCUCUGAGGAACAUCAACCUCAUCGUCCAGAAAAGGCCUGAGAUCCUGAAGCAGGAGAUCAAGGUGUUCUUCGUCAAGUACAACGACCCGAUCUAUGUGAAACUGGAGAAACUGGACAUCAUGAUCCGCUUGGCCUCCCAGGCCAACAUCGCCCAGGUGCUGGCUGAACUGAAGGAAUACGCCACGGAGGUGGAUGUUGACUUUGUGCGCAAAGCUGUACGAGCCAUCGGACGCUGUGCCAUCAAAGUGGAGCAAUCAGCUGAGCGCUGUGUCAGCACACUGCUGGACUUGAUCCAGACCAAGGUCAACUACGUGGUUCAGGAGGCGAUCGUGGUCAUCAGGGACAUCUUCCGCAAGUACCCCAACAAGUAUGAGAGCAUCAUCGCCACACUGUGUGAGAACCUGGACUCUCUGGAUGAGCCGGACGCUCGCGCUGCCAUGAUCUGGAUCGUUGGCGAGUACGCUGAAAGGAUCGACAACGCCGACGAGUUGCUGGAGAGCUUCCUGGAGGGCUUCCAUGACGAGAGCACCCAGGUCCAGCUCACUCUGCUGACUGCCAUCGUCAAGCUGUUCCUCAAGAAGCCGUCAGAGACUCAGGAGCUGGUGCAGCAGGUCCUCAGUCUGGCCACUCAGGACUCUGACAACCCCGACCUGCGUGACCGCGGCUACAUUUACUGGCGCCUGUUGUCCACCGACCCCGUCACCGCCAAGGAGGUGGUGUUGUCAGAGAAGCCCCUGAUCUCAGAGGAGACGGACCUGAUCGAGCCCACCCUGCUGGACGAGCUCAUCUGCCACAUCGGCUCUCUGGCGUCCGUCUACCACAAGCCGCCCAGCGCCUUCGUCGAGGGCAGCCACGGAAUCCACCGGAAACACCUUCCUGUGCAGCACAGCAGCAUCGAUACAGGUGAGAGCCCGGUGAGCAGCGGGCCGGCCCCCACCAUGGAGCAGCAGCAUGUGAUCCCCAGCCAGGGUGACCUGCUGGGUGACCUGCUGAACCUGGACCUGGGCCCUCCGGUCAACGUGCCCCAGGUCUCCUCCAUGCAGAUGGGCGCGGUGGAUCUUCUGGGAGGAGGCCUGGACAGUUUGCUGGGGGGAGACCUGGGCGGAGGUGUUGGUGGAAGUCCAGCAGUGGGACAGAACUUCAUCCCCUCAUCUGUACCCAGUACUUUUGCUCCGUCACCGACGCCGGCUCCUCAGGCCGUCAGCAGCGGCCUCAACGACUUGUUUGAGCUUUCCACGGGCAUGGCCAUCACCACUGGAGGCCACAUAGCCGCGAAAACAGUGUGGCUGCCUGCAGUGAAAGCUAAGGGACUGGAGAUCUCUGGAACCUUCUCUCGCCGCCAGGGCCACAUGUACAUGGACAUGACCUUCACCAACAAGGCCCUGCAACACAUGACCGACUUCGCUGUCCAGUUCAACAAGAACAGUUUUGGGAUGAUCCCAACCAGUCCUCUGCCCAUUCACACUCCGCUGAUGCCCAGUCAGACUAUCGAGGUCUCUCUGCCCAUCAACACCAUCGGACCAGUCAUGAAGAUGGACCCACUCAAUAAUCUGCAGGUGGCUGUGAAGAACAGCAUCGACGUCUUCUACUUCAGCGUGCUCAUCCCGCUCAACAUAUUCUUUGUUGAGGAUGGAAAAAUGGAGCGACAGGUGUUCCUGGCUACCUGGAAAGACAUCCCCAAUGAGAACGAGCUGCAGUACCAGAUCAAGGAGUGCCACCUAAAUGCAGACCUUGAUUGUGGUCUUGCAGACACGGUAUCAGGAAAACUGCAGAACAACAACAUCUACACCAUCGCCAAGAGGAACGUAGAAGGCCAGGAUAUGCUCUACCAGUCCCUCAAGCUCACCAACGGCAUCUGGAUCUUAGCUGAGCUCCGCAUUCAGCCCGGCAACCCCAACUACACGCUCUCUCUGAAGUGUCGGGCCCCGGAGGUUUCUCAGUACGUCUACCAGACGUACGACUCCGUGCUGAAGACCUGAUCUGCUCCGAGACAUCCAGCAGCAGCCCUGCUUCAUCGUUCCUGACGACAAACUGCAGUGUUUUUAUCAUUUUCUGCACACCUGCAGCUAACUGCCAAAACAAGGGGAAACCAAACAGGAAUAAUAAUUUGAAGGCAAAUGUCAAGUUAAAAAGUAUUGUUAGGUGUACUGACGUUAAACUGUUGAUGUUUCCUUUAUUUUGGCAGUUGAAAGCAACUCUCCAUUCCUCUUUUUACCUCCCAGUGAAAACAUCGUCUACCAUUCCAUCCUUAACUUAGUGUCUUAAUGUUGUGACUGAUGGUGAAACUGUCAUGAGUGGAAAAAUAAUCACCCCAGUUUCCAUGAAGCCAUUGUUAGUUUUUUAUUAUUAAUUUUGUACGAUGUGUGGCUCACACUCACUUUUUACUUUGCUUCAGUUGCACCUACAGAAUAAUACCAGUGUUGAUUUGUUCCUUUUUUCCAUUAAUGUGUGUUUUUAAGAGUCCAAACCAACGAUCAGAAGCUGCUGACGUCUGUCCUACGGCAGGUCGGCCUCCUUAAUUAACAAACAUUGAGCAGCAUGUGUACUCCGGCUUUUCCUGUCAUGACUUUAACACCGUUUUUAAUGUGAUUACUUAACUUAGACUGCUUUUAUUGUCAUUUCUGUAUAUGCACAAGUCUUACAUACAGGGACCACAGUGCCACAUUAGCUCAGGGGUCAGCAACCUUUAUUAUCAAAAGAGACAUUUUAAACAAAG